GAUAUGGAGGUAAAUAAUUAUAAUUAUAUAACUAACAAAAAUUAUAUAGAUAAUAUAUAAUUGAUUAUUUUAUUUUAAAUGUUUUUAAGGCUAUGCCGGAGUUAAGACUAUGUGUAUCGUUGGAGGUGGUUGGGUAUUAUCGUCUAUGACUUUUUCAAACCAAUAUGGUUAUGAUGAUAUUAUCAAUGCAGCACAUGAAAUGGGUCACUCAUUUGGUCUUGAGCAUGAUGAAGAUUAUGGAUGUAUGGAAGGAACAGGUAUUAUGGCUGCUUCUAAACCAGCAGAUCGAAUUGCUGCACCAUGGUCACAAUGUUCAUUAGAUAAAUUUGAUGAACUUUUCCAUGGUUCUAAUUAUACAUGCUUGUAUAAUAAACCAGAAAAUAAAGGUACACCAAUACCAAGGUAUUUGCCAAAAGAUGUUGCUUAUGCUGAAGAUAAACUACAAAAUGAAGAUAAUGAAUGAUAAAUGAUGAUACAAGUUAAUUUUUUAGUAAAAAAUUAGACUUAACUAAAAGCUGCGUUUAUUGUUUAUAACGAAUCAAUUAUUUUUCUCGUAAAAAUAAAUAUAAUUAUGGUAUUUCUUGUGUUACAUAGUGAUGAAAUAAUAAUAUUUUUUCAAGUAUUAUUAUUCUUACGCAAUUUAAAAGAUAAAAUAAUACAUUUGAAUUGAAAAAAAAAUUGUAUCAUUCAACCUUGAUAAAUUUGGACUUUAUACUACUAUUAGUGUGUAAUAGGGUUUAUUUUAAAACUGAAUAUCGGAAAAUAAAUUUUAAUGUUUUCCUCAAA